UAUAGUUUGUGAUUGGACAAGACACCUGUCACUCAAAGUAUACAUGAAGUUCAACAGUCUGCCACAGGGAAAAGUUGGAAUGGAUGGAUGGAAUGGAUUACUGUGGAUUAAUUCUGUUAUUUUCUUGAACGGAGAACUUUAUUUAAACGGAGAACUUUACACAUUACACAUAAGAUUCCAUACCUGUAUAUCUUGAGUGACAAGUGUCUUGUCCAAUGAUCGAAAAAUCUUCACUUCGUAUCUUUGCCAAUAAGCCUACUCCAGGCAAACCACAAAAUGUCAGUAAAAAUGAUACAGGAGUUAAACAGGCUGUCCUAACUGCAACCUACACCUUCAACAACAAGUCCAAUGAUGCCUUCUUUUUUAAGGCUUCAGCCAUUGAUGAGGCACAAAGACAAAUCGUUAAAGGUAUAAAGUACUUUCUCAAAAUCGAGAUAUCUCGGACUGUGUGCAUGAAGAGAGAGACUGAUGCUGACCUUGAAAACUGUGGCUUCCAGCCAGAACCUGGUUUACAACAGACUUUUCUCUGUAACUUUGAGGAGUGGGCUAUACCAUGGCUGAAGCUAAUGAAGACCACACAUUUCGUUUGCCUUCCUUCUGACAAGUAUUAUUACUAACUAUGCAUCUGAAACAGCACGUGCUUUGAAUUUCAGUUAACCGGUUAAGAAUAAAAUACUCGGUUGCUAUGCAUAAUUGAACUGCUCCUUCAGUGCUCAUGCAUAAUACCUAGAUACUGAUUAAACUGAUCAUAUGGUGAGAAAUGUACAUCAGAGUUAUGACUAGUAUAUGGUGGGAAGUAAAGAGGUUUCGCUUUACUGGAGCUUUAGCUCCAUAGUACUGCUCAAUGGAAGAUAUAGAAAUGCUAUACAAGCAGGUUCAUUUCUUUCUUUCUUUCUUUCUUUAUUGUACACACUUUCCAGUAGCUGCUACUGUAUGAAUGCCCACAAAUGGUCAUGAAUUAAACUCACAAACUGGCGAAAGUAAUCAACAGGAAAUUAUUGCUAAUAGCCAGUUCCUCCUUCAGAGCUGAAAUGAUCUUUGCAAAUGGAAGCUAGGAAACAUAACUAAUGUAAGUGUUUUAAAUUAAAGCAAUGGAUUUGUAAAAUAAAGUUUUGGCAUUCCAGUGUUA